GUCACAGUUGUUGACGCCUUUCCGUUACUGCGCAUGCGCCAUUCUGUCAGCGACGACCGAGGCGAAUUGGGUUUUGUUUUGGUAGGCGAUUUCCGGUUUUGCUCGUCAAAAUGUUCGAACGCUGACAAGAAAACUAGGGCGGCAGAAUGGCAGCGGCGGCCCCUAACCCGGAGGACUCCACCCAGAGCAGCAGCAGCAGCAACGGUGGUGGUAGCGGGAGCCCAUGCGGCGUUAGCGGCACCCCGAGCUCUCUCGCGGCGGACGGCGACGCGGAAGAGGCCGAGGACUUCGCGUCGUCCUCCCACUGCUCGGAGCUCUCAAGGCGGCAGAACGAGCAGAGGAAGCAGGGCUUGUUCUGCGACGUGACGCUCACCUUCAGUAGCGGCGCGGCCGCCGGGUCCGUCCAGACGUGCGAGUUCGCGGCCCACAGGUCCGUACUGGCCGCGGCCACCGACUACUUCACGCCGCUGCUCGGAGGACAGUUUUCCGAGUCGCUGUCCGGCCGUGUGGAUAUGAAGGAGUGGAGCUCGGAGACGGGGCCCGACCCGGAGACGGUGGAGAGUGUCAUCCAGUACAUGUACACGGGAGAGAUACGAGUCAGCACCUGCAACGUGCAUGAGGUUCUGGAGCUGGCGGACAGGUUCCUGCUGGUGCAGCUGAAGGAUUUCUGUGGCGAGUUCCUGAAGAAGAAGCUGAGCCUCACUAACUGCGUGGCGGUGCACAGCUUGGCCCACAUGUACACUCUGGACCAGCUGGCUCUGCGCGCCGCCGACAUGAUCCGCCGCAACUUCUACAAGGUGAUACAGGACGAGGAGUUUUACACGCUACCCUUCCACCUGGUGCGCAACUGGCUGUCGGACGCCGAGAUCACGGUGGACUCUGAGGAGGUGCUCUUCGAGGCGGUGGUCAAGUGGGUGCAGAAGCACCCAGAGGAGCGCAGCGGCUACUUUGAGGAGCUCUUCCGUCUGCUGAGGCUGCCUCAGAUCAAGCCCACCUACCUGACCAGGGUGGUGAAGAACGAGGGACUCGUGGUCGCCAACGAGGCGUGCCAGCGCCUGGUGUCAGAGGCGGUGGAGGGCCACGCCAUCCGCUUUGAGAACCUCAAGUCGGCCGACAUGGAGUUCUGGUCGUCCCACAUGGCGUCCUUUCAGCCCCGCUUUGGCCAGAAUAUGGACGUCGUCAUGGUGGUGGGGGGCGUAUCCGAGGGAGGGGACUACCUGAGCGAGUGUGUGGGCUACUUCAUCUACGAGGACCGCUGGGUCAACCUGCCGCACAUCCACAACCACCUGGACGGCCACGCCAUUGCCGCCACGGAGUCCCACGUCUACGUGGCCGGGUCCAUGGAACCGGGCUUCGCCAAGACGGUAGAGCGUUACAACCCCAACCGCAACACCUGGGAGCAGGUGAGCAACCUGACCACGCGCAAGCACUCCUUCGGCCUCACCUGCAUCAAGGACAUCUUGUACAGCAUCGGCGGCCACGGGAACUUCAGUCCGGGCUUUAAGGAUGUCAGCGUCUACGAGCCUGAGCAGGACAAGUGGCACAACCUAGAAUCGGCCCCCAAAAUCCUGCGGGACGUGAAGGCGGUGAGCGUGGAGGACCGCUACGUGUACAUCACGGCGCGUACACCCGUCGACACGGACAAAGACGACGGGCUGAAGACGGUGACCACCCGCUACGACACGGACGGCCACCAAUGGCAGGACGUGGACUCGCUGCCCCUCAUCGAUAACUACUGCAUCUUCCAGAUGGCCGUGGUCUCCACCAACUUCUACCACACCGCCUCCUGCUGCCCCAAGAGCUACGGCUUGCGGGACGAGGUCGCCCGGCUGAAGAUCAGCGCGCGGAACUCCGACGAGAUCCUAGAGAGCCUGCCGCCGGAGGUGACCAGCAUCGAAGGCGCGGCCAUCUGCCAUUUCGACGAGGACGUCUUCAUCAUCGGCGGCUGGAAGAACAGCGACGACGUGGACAAGCAGUACCGCAAGGAGGCGUACCGCUACUGCGCCGAGAGGAAGCGCUGGAUGCUGCUGCCGCCCAUGCCGCAGCCGCGCUGCCGGGCCACAGCCUGCCACGUACGCAUCCCCUACCGCUUCCUGUACGGCUGCCAGCGCUAUCCCAUGCCCCAGAACCUGGCGCGCCAGAGGGACCGCAUGCAGCAGAUGCAGCAGCUGCACCGGCGCACGCUCACCCUGCGGCGGCAGCUUCAGUCGCAGAUCGAGUGCUGAGCCCGGACCUCGUCCUUGUCCGUCUACUCCCUCGAUGGACUCGUUUCACCACCCAGCGGUACACUUAAAGCUCUUUUUGUUUUCUUACAUUCCAAAUGAGGAAGUGACAUUUCUCUUGUCGACCAAUCAACGGACAGCACCUUACAGUAGCUCAGCUGAAAAGUCGGAAUGUACCGGUCGGAUAUUUUGGAUUUACAAUCGAAAUGCCUACAAAAAAUAGUGUGCUCAGUGGAAAAGAAACUUUAAGGAAGUUUCUGCUUGUGCUCCCGUCUUGAUGCUUGACGCACACAUUUUUCCUCACUCAUUAAUAAUAAUCUUCAUCACCAGCCAGGACCGCACCAUUCGUACAUACGCAACACGCUGCUGUCUCUUUGUAGCUCUCAUCAAACUAAACGCUGUGCCAUCGUGCUGUGUCGUGGUGUUGGCGACUCUUUUGCAAGCCAUGAAGUAAGUGUGUGUGUGUGUGUGUGUGUGUGUGUGUGUGUGGCGAGAAUGGAUGCGCAGAAUGUAAACGUGAAUGAGAGCGCCAACAAUGAAACAUAAGUCUGUACAUAAAUGAUAUAAAGCUGUUUAAUAUUGUUAUUGUUACAUAUUUGACAUUCCUCUGUGGUGUAUACCUGGCUCGAGGAAGUGGACGAUCCGACGACGCGCAAAUCCCGAUGAGGCUUCGUUCCAUUCGUAAUCACUGUGACAAUCUCGCUGUCAUGCAAGCGCGUCAACUCUUCAGUGCCAUAACUUCUUGCUACCAAACGGACGCCGUUUGAACCUCCCAGUAGAAUAGCUUAGUUUAAGAUCACAGCGCUCCACAUUGUGUUUAUUGUUUUACUUAAAGAGCAGAACGAUAUAUUCUGUUUAAAUGUUCAGUUUUCCUGCCGUCAUUCCUUUUAUUUUGCACUUUGCCAGUCAAUUCUUCGCAUUUAAAAAAAUGUGUGCAAGGUCCAACAGCAACAAAAAAAGCACUUUUAGAUCUAUAAUCUACAAUCUAUAGUCUUAAUGGGGGGUUUAAGUUGCACCAUUGUUUUUAAAAUGUUUCAUUUUGAGAUUAAAUCCAUUUGGGGCUCAGUUGAGAAAAAAUAUUGUGAAUUAAUGUUUUGUUUUCCCCUCUGGUUUUAAUUGUUCCUCACUCCCAACUCCCUGGGUGUUUAUGUUUAGAGAUGCUCAUUAUGUGCUUCCCUUCCAAAGAUACUUAAGAAAUAAAGAUUAUCAUCAGCAAAGUUAUGAAAUGUGUUCUGUUGU